AUGGAGAAAAAAUAAGGAAGAAGAGGAAAAUUUAACCCAUAAAGUUCCCAAAAUUAAAGUACCCAAAUGGAAUACCAUUUCGAAGAGAAUUCCAAAUACCAGUGGACAAAUAAAGGAAAGCAAUAAACCCCUGCUCCCGCCAUCCCGCCAUCCCACGCCGAAUCCCUUAGUUUUCUGACAAAACAGUUCAUCUUCUUAUCGUUUCUGCGUACUUAUCCUCCUUCAUCCUUCCUUCUGCAGUUGAAAUGGAAGAAAUUGUCGAACUAACGAAAACUUAUCUACAUCAGUGAGAGAGAGACAGAGACAGAGAGACAGAGAGACAGAGAUGGAGAUGGAGCAGCUCUUGGACAUGGGUUUCCCGCAAGAGCUGGCUUCUCAAGCUUUAGCAGCAACCGGAGGCAAAUCCACUGUCAAAGCCACCGAAUGGAUCCUCAGCCACAAACCCAACCCUAACCCUAACCCUAACCCUUCUCCUUCUCCUUCCCUUUCCCUUUCCCCUUCACCUUCACCUUCCCCUUCCCCUUCCCCUUCCCCUUCCCCUUCCCAACCCAAACUUGAUCGUUUCUUGCAGUCUAAAACUUCGUCCCCUAGAAUCCGAUCCAAUGAAGCGGACCCCACUCCUGAAAAAAUCGCACCUGUUGAAAAGGAAUCUGAGUGCGAAGAAUCUCUCCCCAAGCGUCCCAAGUUCUGGAUAUGGCCGAACUCUUCAGCUUCUCAGCACUCACCUGCAGAGAAACCCCAUGAGCCCUUAUCUGAGCGAAUGCGCCCUCGCACCAUCGAUGAGGUCGUUGGACAAGACCAUCUUCUGGGCAAGAAUUCAGUUCUUCGAUCGGCCUUGAACUGUGAUCGUUUGCCUUCCAUUGUGCUCUGGGGAUCCCCUGGUACUGGUAAGACCUCAAUCGCUAAAGCCAUUGCCAAUUCUGCUUCUGUUUCGUAUCAUUUCGUUUCUUUGUCCGCUGUAACUGCUGGGGUCAAGGACGUUAGGGACGCCGUUGAGGAUGCUAGGAAAAUGAAGAAGAAGAACAAAAGAACUGUUUUGUUUGUUGAUGAGGUUCAUAGGUUUAACAAAUCUCAGCAAGACUCGUUCUUGCCUGUAAUUGAAGAUGGGACUGUUGUGUUCAUAGGCGCAACCACUGAAAACCCAUCCUUUCACCUGAUUACACCGUUGCUCUCAAGGAGUAGGGUUCUUACGCUUAAUCCACUGCAGCCCAGCCACAUAGCUGGGUUGCUCAAGCGAGCAGUUGAUGAUGCUCAGAAGGGUUUGGCUCGAAGCGUGGGGGUUAGUGUCAAGGUGGAUGACGAAGCCAUUGUUUUUCUCUCUAUGAAUUGCGAUGGGGAUGCUCGUGUUGCCUUGAAUGCGUUGGAGAUAUCUGCUACAUCUGCUGCAGCUCGAAUUCGGACAAGCCAUCGAAAAGUCCCCAGUGUGAAUGAUCCCUCAACUUCUCAGUUUAAGAUGUUUGAGGUUCCAUCUUCAAGUGCAAACGUGGCAGCCAAUCACAGUGAAAAUGCCAAUUCUUCAGGAAAUGAGGGAAAUGGGGUUGGUUUAGAUUUAGCCAUUGUCACCAUUGAUGAUGCCAAGGAAGCUCUCCAGUGUAAGCACCUGCUUUAUGACAGGGCAGGGGAAGAACACUAUAACCUCAUCAGUGCUCUCCAUAAAUCAAUGAGGGGAAGCGAUGCUGAUGCUGCAAUCUACUGGUUGGCAAGAAUGUUGGAAGGAGGGGAAUUGCCACUUUACAUUGCCAGAAGACUAGUAAGGUUUGCAAGUGAGGAUGUGGGAUUGGCUGAUCCAUUGGCACUCAACCAAGCUGUUGCUUGCUACCAGGCUUGUCAUUUCAUUGGCAUGCCUGAGUGCAAUGUGAUUCUUGCACAAUGUGUGGCCUACCUAUCUCUUGCUCCCAAGUCUGUGGCUGUUUACAAGGCAAUUGGAGCUGCACAACAAUUGGUGAGAGACUCAGGGGGACAGAAUGAGGGUGUCCCUCUUCAUCUGAGGAAUGCACCAACAAAUCUAAUGAAGGAACUUGGGUAUGGAAAGGGUUAUCUUUACCCUCCUGAUCACCCUUCAUCUUCAAAAUCACAGACUUAUAUGCCAUCCUCACUACAGGGUUACAAAUUUCUGGACUGGCCUACUGACAACAAUGGUAGAUGAGAGAGAGCCUCACUCAGUUGAAGCUUUGACAUUUACCUUUUAUUUUUUGGGAAG